AUGUCAUAUGGAUAAAAUUUAUAAGUUUUCAAUCCUUAGAGAUUCAAAAAAAUAGAAAAAGAAUUGCAAUCAAAUAAAAAGAGAUUAGAAGAAAGUAUUAAUAUACUUGUCUUAUGUUUUUUAGUGAGAUUAGAAGAGGAAUCCUAAAAUACUAGACUAUUAAAAGUUUAAUAGAAGGAAAGAACUGUUGAUCUUGAAUAUAAAGAUAGGAAAAAAAAAAUGGAAGAAACAUAAGAAUAAUUAGCAUUUGAGGCUUAAAAAUUUAAUGAUGAAUAAAAAAGAAUGAAUUAAGAUUUGGAAAGUAAAAAAGACUCUGUUGUAAUGUUAAAUGACAGAAAAAAAAGAUAAGAUGAUGAAAGAUAUGCAAAAGAAUAAAAAAUUACAUUAGCUAAAGAAUAAGAAAAAGCAUAGGCUUUAAAUGAAUUAGCUAAGUUACAGUAUUAUAAAAUUGUUUAUUUUUUAGAGAAGAAGUUAAUUAAUUGGAAGUUAGAAGAAAGAAUCAUUAAUAAUAUGAACAAUUUUUUAAGAAAGUUAUCUCUAAAUCAAAAGAAUUGGAAACUGGAUAAAAUGAUGAUGAAAAUGCAAUUAAAGAAUUAAUUGAUCGUUAUGAAAGAUUAAAGAAAAAAGAAGAAGAAUUUAAAAAAGACAGAGAACUAAGAGAAAACUAAAAAGAUUAGAUUAAUCAAUAAUUUAAUGAAGUAUUCUUCUUUUCUUAAAGUUUAGUUAAAUAGUAAAAUUUAAGCUGAAACCUAUGAAUUCAAUGCUAAAUAUAAUAAAUUAAAACUUGCAAUCUAAUAAAUUAAUGAUGAGAAUGAUUAAAAACAUAAAGAAAUUGAAGGAACAUAAAAUUAAAAUGAAGCUACUUAAAAAGAAUAUAUUUAAGUUAUUCAUGGAAUAUAAAAUAUGAAAGAUAUUUUAAAAUAAAGAAAUAAAAUUGUUAAAAGGAUACUCUUAUCUGGUAAAGAUAGUGAUAAUGUUACUGAACAAUAAAGAAAUCGUAAAAAAGAAAAAAAAAUUGAUAAUUAGAAGAUAGAAAAAUAUUUGAAUUUUAUUAAGGAUGAACUAUAAACUUUAUAAUAAUUUAAGUAGGAAUUUGAUAAAUUUCUAGCGAAAGAAAAAGAACGUGAUUGA